ACCUCCCCCCUCACGGCGGCUCUUCUUCUCCAGCGUAGUGUGUUCUUCGGUUUCCCUCUCACGGUGUGCUCUCCCGGCUUCAUCUUCUACGGCGUGAAGGACUUACUAUUAAUUAGAGCACCGUAUGGGGCGGUUGGUCACGGUGGACAUUACCAUUCACAGUCCCCUGAGGCUUUCUUUUGCCAUGCCCCUGGUAUUAAGGUUGUUAUCAAAGCAAAGGGACUGUUGUUGUCCUCUAUCCGUGAUCCAAGUCCUGUUGUCUUCUUCGAACCAAAGUGGCUAUAUCGUCAAGCCGUAGAGGAAGUUCCAGAGCAUGACUAUAUGAUACCUUUAUCAGAAGCUGAGGUUAUUAGAGAAGACAAUGACAUAACUCUUGUUGGAUGGGGAGUUCAGCUUACCGUUAUGGAACAAGCUUGUCUAGACGUGGAGAAGGUUUUAGCUUUAUACUAUUUCAAGUCGAAGAUAAUUGGUUUGCCAGCAGUUAGUAACAUGGUUCUUGAGUUAAUAAUGGCUGGAAGGAAUAUCAUGUGAACUGAUAGAUCUCAAGUCUCUACUGCCUUGGGACAAAGAAACAGUUGAGGCCUCAGUUAAAAAGGCUGGCAUGCUUCUUAUAAGCCAUGAAGCUCCAGAGCAGAGAUCUUUGCAACAAUUCUCUUCUUGAAGUUAGAAGCUCCAGUAAGCAGAGUUUGGGGUCUGGACACACCAUUCCCUCUUGUGUUUGAGCCAUUCUACAUGCCCACCAAGAACAAGAUAUUGGAUGCAAUAAAGCCCACUGUCAAUUACUAGUCAUUCCAUCUGUUUCUUUAGAAAACUUGAAACAUUAUGUAUUAUGUUAGCUAUUUUAUGCAGUGCUAUGUGUUUAUGACAAACAGAAACAAAUAGUAAACACAACCAUCUGGUUGACUCCCUUCCAUCA